AUGCACGGGCCUCCCAAGUUGUGGAUUGCCCUCUUUCCAACUGAACAUGCACAUUGCAGACAGGACAAGCGGCGCGAGGAUCUUGUUGCGAUGGUCCAGCGCCAGCACAAACGCUGGCCAUUCAAAGAGGGCAAGAGGCGCUUCACCUCGAAGACGAACAUGGUGCACAUGCGUGCUGUCCUCCUCAACCCAGCAUAUGGCUUUACCAGGCCUCGAGCCGCUGCUUCCAAACAGGUUGCAGCUCAGCGCAGCAAUGCUGUGUCUGCGGAUGGGCCGAUUCCACCACCACCACCACCAGUGCUAUCAUCGGCACCUUCUCCACCUCCACCACCAGUGCUGUCAUCGGCACCUUCUUCACCUCCAACUCUGCCGCCGCCUUCACCUCUGGCACUGCCAUCUCUGCAACCUACCGCUAUUGAAACUGAGGAUCCGGUGGGGACCGAGCUCGAACAUGGUACCGAGAUGGACUUUGGUAGCUGCGCCCUGCCAGACUCCAUGGACUCAUCUGGCCAGGCUGCAGGCAGAGCGACUGGUGAGAAUGAGAUGGCCAUGCAGGACAUGGAUCUCUAUGUGGACUUUAUGCAUCCUAGUGCUGACCUUGAGCGCUUUGCGUACUCGGUCGCUCUUGAGCAGGUUGGUGCACUGAAUGACCUGACGGGUGAGUGGCAAGGAAGCAUGAUGCAGCUCAUCGAACGGCUGCAUGAGAAAGCACCUGGUAUUGAAGAUGCCUUGGAGAUCACGUACCCAGAUCCAGCUCACCCUGAGUAUUUGCGGUGGCUUGUGUCUGCUGCUGCAGGUGGACUGCUGCAUUCGACCCCAGAUGCUCCCAGCAUCCAUAUCCCAGCGGACAAUGUUCUGACACUGCACGUCAGGUUUGGGCAGAUGAGGGCAGCUGCCACUGCUCCAGGCGCUGCUCCCGCUCCCGCUCCAGGUGCUGCUCAUGGCCAGCACUGCGCCACUGCAUCUGGCUCCCGUGCAUCUCAGUCCCGCACUGCCACAGCAUGGCUUGCUGAGAAGGCGCAGGAGGAGCCUGGGUAUGCUGCCUUCAAGGCUGGCCAGCACCGCAUCCAACCCAACGCAGCCGUUGUGGCGUCAUGGCAGUUUGCUGUGCAAUUCUGUGAAAGGUACAGCCAGAAGCCAUGUCCCGUCAGCGAACCAAGUGACAGCUGCCAGUCUUGGAGCCUUGCGAGAGGACUGCGCAUCAAGAAAAAAGAUGUGCAGGAUGCCCUUGGGGUGGGAUCAACGUGGAUGGCUGAAGCGCAGCAGGCAGUGCACAUCUUGCGGCAAUAUGCCAUGACGAAGCAUCCACAACUAACUAUAACCAUUCAACAGAUUGUCUGCGCACAUGGCACGUUCCAUUUCAACCACGCCAUGGGUUUCGACGCUGCUACCAUCUCUAGCCAUGACAAUGCUUUCGACCUUGAACACUGGAGGAAAAAUUUCAAACCAUGGGUUUCGACGCUGCUACCAUCUCUAACCAUGGGUUUCGACGCUGCUACCCUCUCUAGCCAUGACAAUGGCUAAUUUGGCUAAGAAGAUGCAUUUCAUGUGAAAGGAUUUGGAAGUACAAUUUGCGUAACGCUUUUGAUGAAUGACUCAGUUGGAUGUGUGUAGGAUAUAGCACCGCAGUUUUUGUUUGAACGAAAAUAAUGAAUUUGUGGUCUU